CUUCCCUCGCUGCCGGUCCCGGUCAUUCCCCGCCAUGGUGGCCACGGAAGGUCUGCGGGAGAUGGAGGGCAGCGCGCUGCGGAGGCUGGUGUGCCGCGAAGAGGCCGGCGGCGGCGGCGGCAACGGGAGGUGCCUGGUGCUGGACUGCCGUCCGUUCCUGGCUCACAGCGCCGGGCACAUCCGCGGCUCUCUGAACGUGCGGUGCAACACGAUCGUUCGGCGCCGGUCGAAGGGGUCCGUGAGCCUGGAGCAGAUCCUGCCGGCCGAGGGGGACGUGCGAGCGCGGCUGCGCGCGGGGCUCUACGCCGCCGUCGUGGUGUACGACGAGCGCAGCCCGCGCGCGGAGGCCCUGCGCGAGGACAGCACCGUGGCGCUCGUGGUGCGCGCGCUCCGCCGCGACACGGCGCGCGCCGACAUCCGCCUCCUCGCAGGGGGUUACGAGCGCUUCUCCUCGGAGUACCCCGAGUUCUGUGCAAAAACCAAGUCCCUGAGCAAUGUGUCACCCCCCACCAGUGCCGAGACCCUGGAUUUGGGCUGUAGUUCCUGUGGGACCCCCUUUCAUGACCAGGGUGGCCCUGUGGAAAUCCUUCCCUUCCUCUACCUUGGCAGCGCCUACCACGCUGCCCGGCGGGACAUGCUCGAUGCUCUGGGCAUCACAGCCCUCCUGAACGUCUCCUCAGACUGCCCCAACCACUUCGAGGGGCUCUACCAGUACAAGUGUAUCCCGGUGGAGGAUAACCACAAAGCCGACAUCAGCUCCUGGUUCAUGGAGGCAAUCGAGUACAUCGACUCAGUGAAGGAGUGCUGUGGCCGGGUCCUGGUCCACUGCCAGGCUGGUAUCUCCCGCUCAGCCACUAUCUGCCUGGCUUACCUGAUGAUGAAGAAGCGUGUCAAGCUGGAGGAGGCCUUCGAGUUCGUGAAGCAGCGCCGGAGCAUCAUCUCCCCUAACUUCAGCUUCAUGGGGCAGCUGCUGCAGUUCGAGUCACAGGUGUUGGCCACCUCGUACACAGUGGAAGCCGUCAGCCCCUCUGGGAAGCUGCGGGAGCGGGGCAAGGCCACCUCCACACCCACCUCUCCGUUUGUCUUCAGCUUCCCAGUCUCGGUCGGUGUCCACGCCACCCCCAGCAGCCUCCCCUACCUGCACAGCCCCAUCACCACGUCACCCAGCUGUUAGCUCAGGGGCUGAGGCCAGCCAGGCAGAGGGGGCUGGGCAUGGAGUGGGGCAGGAGGGCAUGGAGCCCUGUGAUGCUAAAGCAAUAGUGCUGGACACUGCCAUUCACCCUGGACUCGAUGUCUUCUUUUCGUAGGGAAAUUUCUUACCUCAUCUUGGUUUUUUUUGCUUUGUAAUUUUAUGUUUUGAAAGCAUGAAAGUUGUAAAAGCCACAA